AUGGAUUAUUUGAUUUUGGCUAUCAUAAGUUAUGGUACGCCGAAUUUAAUAACUUCCUUUGGAAAAAUUGUAUGCAUCGUUUACACGGGAAUAGGUUUAAUCUUUGCAUUAUUAUUUCAACAAAUUUUACAUCGUCAGCUUGUACCAAUUUUCUAUCAAAUUAUAUUUCAACUUGCAAUCAAUCGUCAUAUUACUUAUUAUUUUACACGAUGUCGUAGUUUUAUCGUCUCAUUUCUAUUGGUUACUUGUGUUAUAAUUCUAUUUUGGAUUAUAAUACCAACAUUACUGAUACAUCAUAUUUACGUUCCAAAAUGGUCCCUGAUUGAAUUAACCUAUUUUGCUGUUACUACAAAUCAUCUCAUUGGCUUCGGUGAUUUAAUGCCUUGCAGUGAUUUACAUGGGCAAAGUCGUUCUCGAUGUGCAUUAGUACUGUCAAUUUAUGUGAUUUUUCAAGUGCUUGUUGCCAGUAUUCUUAGUCAUAUGUGGCUUAUAUUACCCAGAAAAAAUCGUCAAUUUUUACAACAACGACGACAUGAUUCCGAUCCUAUGGUUGACAAGAAAAAUAAUAAAUACUUUUCUGUAGAUAUACAUGAUGAAUUAUUAACAAAUGUUUUCAUAUAA